AUGGCUAAAAAAACAAAAAACGUAUCGUCGUCCUCAUCCCUUUCUAGUUUGCCCGACGAGAUCGUGUUGGAUUGCUUAGUCCGCGUGCCGAGAAGCGAUUACGAGAGCGUGUCUUCCGUCUCCGGGAGGCUGAGGUCCCUUGUGCGGUCGCCUGAGCUCCAGCGGUUGCGAUCCCUCCUCCACAAGGAAUCCGUCUAUGUCUGCUUCUGCGAAAAGGAUAAUUACCAUGAUCCCACUCCCACCUAUCUAUGGUUUACUCUCCGUCAGAGCAAGACAGCUGAGUAUCACUUGGUCCCGAUCUCGUUCCCUUGUCGUAAGUUCAUGUUCAGAUCUUCCACCGUCGCGGUGGACUCAGAGAUCUACUUUAUCAACGAAUAUCCAAAGCCCACCGAGCUGUGGAUUCUUGAUACCCGAUCUGGUAAGUUACGUCAGGGCCCGAUCAUGCGGGAAACCCCAUUUGCCGAGAGAAGCGCCGUGGGAGUAGUCGACGGGAAGAUGUACGUGACCCAGGCACUGCAAAAUGGCUCCACCCGAGAGGAGGUUUUCGAUCUAAAGUCGCAAACUUGGCAAGUCCCCGGAAUUGCUGUCCCUGAUGACAAAGUGGACAUCCGACUGAUGAUGGCGUCAUGUGUGACGCUGGAGGGGAAGGUUUAUGCCAUGAAUAAUGGAAGCAUCACCGUCUACAAUCUUAGAGAACAGGGAAGAAAGGAGAAGCUGGAGAUGCCAAUUGAUGAUCGGGUUAAGCGGAUUUGCUUGGCAGACAAUCUUCUCUUUGCUCUUUUCACCAAGGGUGGCCUAAUGUGGCUUGACACUAACCUCAACCUAUGGAGAACUGUUAAAGGUGAUGUGCAGCCGCUGCAUUGCAUGCUCUAUAGCGGUGCCAUGGCCGAAUACUAUGGAAAGCUACUACUUUUCUGGACAGAAACAGAAACACACACCGGCGACAAGGUUUGGUGUGCAUUAAUCGCCUUGGCUAGGCCUGGACAAGAAGUUUGCGGGACCGUCGAAUGGUCUGGUGUUGUUGCCACCCUCCCAUAUGUCUGCCGCAUUCAGCAUUGUGUUGUUGCUUCAGAUUAG